UUCUAUGAAUUUUGGAAAAGUGUCUGCCCUAUACAUUUCCAGAUGAAUGUGAUAAACUAUCAUCUCAAAGCUAUUGCUCUCCCUAUUACAAAUCACAGCCAAUUAAGAAACUAUUUAAGGCUGCUUGCAAGUCCCUGAGCUGUUUAUUUCUGCCUUUUGGGUGUGUUUUCCUUUUCUAAAUGACCAUUUGGAGUAAAAAGAGUUGAGAGUAUGGCCCAACGUGUCCUUUGUUUUCGUCACCCCAGGCUCUUUGGAGACUGGAUUUCCUACUUCGCUCAGCCCGCUGGUCCAGCCUGCACUGGCCAGGAGCGUUGCUCAUGCUGCUGGCUGCUCUCGCUCUCAUUGGCUGCCUUGAGAGUCACAAAAUGGAGCUGUUGAAUGCUUCGGCCUUGCUGUUGUUCCUCCUCCUGGACCUGGCUGUGACCAGCCUACAGCAAAAGUUAAAGGUCGAGGAGAUCCCCUCCAGAGUUCAGUCUGUGAUCAACACACUCAGCGUUUUUCUCAGCCAGCCAGAGCCUGAAUUGAAAGACUGCUACCUGAACCUAUUCACUCCUCCUUCCCAGUCUAUCUCUGUCCAGUGGACCUACAGGGAUGGGCGCUUGGUUAAUUUACCAGUCAGUUUGCUGGUCGAGGGUGACAUCAUUGCUCUGAGACCAGGCCAGGAGGCUCCGGCAUCUCUGAGAGGCAUCCAGGAAGAGGAACACGUCAUUCUGGACAGAGGUGAUGUCUUCUGUCAUUUCUCCUCUCCUCCCUCUCCAUUGGGCAGAGAAAGGCCACGCCCCCACAGCCUGCUGUGCCCACAUCUCUUCAGAGUGACCAGAACACCAGCCAUUGCCAGCGUCCAGAAAUGCCUGGAAAUGGGAAGUCAGAGGCCUAUAACUGUGCUGGAUAACGAGCGCUUCACUGCCCAGACUUUGUUAGAGGAAGUUGUUACACCCUUGGUUCUGGCAGUGCUGCUGAUUGUUAACUGUACUCGCUAUAUCCUUGGUGCUCCCGGAAUAGGGCCCUGGCAGGUUACGCUGCUACAGUUACAAGUGAAUGGUGUGCUACCCUUGCUCCCUCUCACCUUCCCCAUGCUGUGGCUGCAAGUCAGUGCCUUCGGAGAAGCUCAAGUGUUGACUUAUCUCAAGACCUUCUCGUCCAGUCGUAUGGAAAGAUGUCUGGAAACUUGGAGAACGUAUUUCGGAGUUCUUUGUGGCCGGUCCCCAGCGCUAUGUCACACCACCAGCCUCUUGCACAGUCUUGGCUCCAUUACAGUGCUGUGCUGUGUGGAUAAGCAAGGAAUUCUGUCCUGGCCCAACCCCAACACAGAGAAAGUCCUCUUCUUCACCAGAAACCCCCAGCCUCUAAAACCAGGUGGAUGGAACAGCAAAAAACAUGUUAAAACAUCUGAUCGAAGCCAUAAACCUAACCCCUCAUCAGUGGGCCCACAGACGAACAGCUCCUAUAGUAGCAGUACGGUGGAGGUGCUGAGCCUGUCACUGGACAGACAGGCCCCGACGUGCAUGCAGUUUGAUGACUCAUGCUGGCAGCGCUAUGCCACUUCACUCAGACCACUAGGCCUCUGCACCGUCCUUGGGCUGUGUGACCCUGUCUCUGUAGCCACACUCUGGCAGCUCGCUGACCACCUGACCAACGUGGCUCUGCUGAAGAGCCGGCCCAGCUGCCUGCCCGUCCAGAUGCCCUGGGGAAUGUGUGAGCUCGCCAGGGUCAUAGGUUUCUCUCCCUCUGCGAAGGAUCCCUUCCAGCAGCAGAUGAGCUCAGCCGCCUACACACUGACCAGUGCACAGGAAGGGUCUCCGUGGCAACCACAGCCUGUCGCCAUGAGGAAGCUUCCUCUCACUCACAUUAUCAGCCUGCUGAUCCACGACAGCAACACAGGAAAGCUACAGCUCUUCUCGUAUGGCUCGGCAGAUGCAGUUCUUGAGGCCUGCAGCGAGUGCUGGGAUGGGACUGACAUUCAAACUCUAUCAAGUUCAGACAGGAAGAAGGUUCUGGAUUUCUACCAGCGAGCUUGCAUUGCCGGUCAAUGCUUAGCCCUUUCAUUUAAACCCAUGUUCCAUGCCCUGGAACCAGAGAUCAAUGGAAAGUGUAUCCAGCUGCCUCGCGGCAUGUGCCACAGUUACAGAGAUCAGGAAGGGACAGAGUUUGAACACAGUGCUGGUGAGGAAGAUCCUUUCCUUUCUCUCGACGAGCAGGUUUUCCUGGGUUUGGUUUCAACACAGUAUCAGGCUAGGCCAGAGAUGGUGCGUCUGAUUGCGGGGCUGGACAGUGCCUGUAUUCGCUUUGUCUACUUCUCCCUGGAGGAGGAGGUGAAGAGCAAGGUGUUUGCAGAGAAGAUGGGUCUGGAGACGGGCUGGAACUGCCACAUCUCAUUGCAGUCCGAUCGCUUUCCACUGGACCCCGAGGACUUUCAAGACACAGUGACACUGUGCAGCGAGAGAGAGGUAGAUUCAGAAGGAGGUCGUCUGCUCAGUGAAGGGAAAUGGCAGGCUGAGAAGAAUGGCUUCCUGGACGGUGAAGGGGUCUGCUUUAUUGAAGACCGGAACAGGGCAAAGCUCCCCAAGGGCAUUGAGAACGUGCGUCCCCACCUCGAGAACAUUGACAAUGUGCCACUGCUGGUGCCUCUCUUCACCGACUGCACCCCAGAGACCAUGUGUGAGAUGGUGGAGGUCAUGCAGGAGUACGGGGAGGUAGUGUGCUGUCUGGGAAGCGUCCUCAACUCUAAAAACAAUGCCGUCUUCCUGCAGAGUGACAUCAGUAUUGCGCUGGAUCCUCUCUUCCCCUCUUGCUGCUGGAGUAGCCCUGGAAGAUCCGCCCCCUUGGUGACCUCACGCACCCCACAACUCUUUUCAGUCCAGCUCUCAAGCGCCCUCUGUGGUCUGCCGUGCGCUAUUCACCUCGGGCAGCACGACAACACCACAAUCAUACGCCUCAUCAAACAGGCAAGGCACUCGUCUUCUGGGAUCAGGAAGUGUUUUCUCUUCCUCCUGCAGUGCCAACUCUCCCUCGUACUCAUUCAGGUUCUGGCUUGCCUGUCUCAGCUUCCCCCUCCCCUUGGAACAGCUGAUGUACUCUGGCUGUCCUGUAUCUCUUUCCCCAUCCUAGGCAUUUCCCUUCUAGGAAAGUCUCCAGACAACACCAUCAUGGAAGUAGCUACUGGAAAGAACCUAACAUUUUUACCUAAGAAGACACAACAGUUCUUCAUCUUCUAUUUCCUCUUAAAGUUUGGAUUGACCAUGUGCUCUUCUUUAGCGUGUUUCGGCUUCAUGCUGCACGCAUUCUGCAUGAAAACUCACCCUGAGAAUGGCCCUCGCUGCCACCCUUACGCACUUUUAAUAAACUCAAAUGAGACCUCUCCUGCCUGGUAUGGGGAAUACUACAAUGCCCUCCUGCUGGCACAGAAGAUAAUAGCAUUCUUUAUGCUUCUUAAUGGAUUGUGCACCUCUGUGAGCCACGUCCAUCGCUCCAGCCCACUGUGGAGACAAAGUCCGCUGAGUAACCGCUGGUGGUGUGCAGCUGUUAUCAUUGCGCCAUCUCUCCAAGUCCUCAUGGCCUAUGUGGCCUACCUCCUGUGGCGUGAUCCCAGCAGCCAACUCACCUCUGAGCUGUCCGAUGUCCCAGCAGCCACCUGGCUUCUAGGUUUCUUCUGGCUGCUCCCUCUUCUGUUUGUUAACGAAUCUAUUAAACUCCAUGAGAUCAGAACGAGAGUGCGAUAUUUGAAGAGACAGAAGCUGCAGUUUGACACCAAACUGGGAAUGAAUUCACCUUUUUGAAGCAAGCUGCUUUCGGGAUCCCUAAUACUUAUUAUUAUAUGUGUUUGUCCAUUUAUUUGAAAUAUGUGUUAGUUUAUUGUCUUUGUAUUGCUUUUAAUUUGUAUUCCCUACCAGAUAAAGAUAAAGAUUCAAUGAAGGAAAUACACACGUUUCUAAAUAGGAA